AUGUGGGGUGGUUCGACCCUUUCAAAGAUACUGCACCCUUUUCAGGAUGAUCUAAGUGCAGACAGUGUUGAUAUCAGAUAUAAUCAAAAUUCACCAGAAUCUUUAACGAGCACAACAAAACGAACAAACGGGAUUGAUACGGAUGAACCUUCUUCACAAUGGACCAAAAAUAGAGUAUAUGAGCCCACAAAAACAGAAUCGUCCGGAUUACAUGGCUUUCUCGGCAAUGCUUUCAACUGGCUCAAGAAUGGAAACGAAGAACAAUACGAGGCCACAAAGCCCGUAGAAGACGAUACUAAUUACGAAUAUCGUAGUUCUGACGAUCGAGAUGAUGAAAAAUUGAAUGAUAAAGAAUACACUAGUAACUUACAUGAUUCGUUUUUAGAUGAUGACUUUCUUAAGAAUCCGUUGGACAGGGAUGUUAGUGAAACGCUGAAUCGUAUAAAAGAUAGAGAACGUCAUUGGAAUGAGGAACAGGAUACUUGCGAUUUGCUGGGGCUCAAAUAUUCAAAUUUUGGCAGGCAGCAUGUUAGCAAAAUUCGAGAGUACGAUCAGUCGGAAGUCGAUACACUAUUACUAAAAUUAGAGAACAACAAUGAAUUACUCCUUCGGAUGAUAGAGAACUUUGAUAACGCAACAUUUAAAACAGACUACAAACACGUGAAGCAGGAGAACGCAGAGAUUUCAAAGAAGUACUUCAAACUACGUAAGGAAUUUAAGGCUGAACUUCAAGAGAGUAAAAAACUUCAUCGACAAUAUUAUGAACUUGCAAAAAAGUACCAGCGAAUGCAGACGGAUGAUACAAAAGAGAAGCUUGAAACAAGAAUUGAACAGCUUAAACUGAGAGUGGAUGUGCUAGAAAAGAAAGAUUCUAGAAAUCAACAAGAAAUUGAUAAGUUGACCGUUGGAAGACGGCAGCUAUUGAAGAGCAUGCUCCAAAGAGUAAAAGACAACGAAAGCUCCCAGCAGGUUUACGAAGACAAACUGGCGGAGAUGAGAUCUCAUUAUUUGAGAAAGGUGCGUUCUGCAGACACACUACGGACUAAAUUAGAAGAAACGAAGGCAGAACUUAAAGCAUUAAAAUUCAAGGUAGGAUACCCCAGCUUCAACACUUCCUUAUCCGAAUUAAGCAGCGAUAUUGAUGAUUCCGGAUUUAGUGAUUACAAUCAUGGAAUUAUGACAGAUGAACCAAUUGCUACAAAGCCGCAGAUCAAGGAAGUUCACCACCGGCAAGCACAAAGAGACGAACAAAAAAUUCACAAAGGGACCGAACAGAAAAAUGGAAAGGAGAACUUAAACGAGGAAGAAAUGAACACCGUUGAUAUAUUGAGACAGAAAUACGCGGAUAAGAAAUAUGGCGCGGAUUUAACCGGCACAGUGGAUACUUCGAUCAGUAAGCCGACCAUUAAUAUAAAGCAACAGAUAUAA